AUGACACACAGUGAGCGUAGUCGAACUAUUCGAUGGCGUCUUGGUUGGUUAUCCGGAGGAAUACCUAAAGCCUGCCCAUUUUAUCCUUAUUUCUAUCGCUGGCCAGUUAUGUGUACCCUUCUACCGGAAAUGGAUUACUUAAUGCAUGAUAAACUACCCCCUCCACUUCUUGAUCCAGGCAGGAAAUUACUCAACUGGUUGUCUCUUUAAACUUGUUAGCAAUAAUAUUCCCCUUUCUUUCUCACCUUCCCUUCUUCCUUUCCUUUACCUUUUUACCUCUUGUCCCAUAAGAGGGUUUUUAGAUACUUUUUUUUUCACAUAAUUUGAACUGACCCGGGC